AUGCGUGUGAAGUCUAUCGUGAUCGAUGGGUUCAAAUCGUAUGCCCACCGUAAGGAGCUUGCCGACCUCAGUCCUCACUUCAACGCCAUCACUGGUCUUAAUGGGAGUGGUAAGUCGAAUAUCUUCGAUGCUAUUUGUUUCGUGAUGGGCAUUACAAACCUCAAACGUGUGCGGGCCGAGGAUCCUCGAGAGCUUAUUUUUCGUGCAGGUACCACAGGUGUUCACGCCGCGCGCGUCACCAUCGAGUUCAUCAACGACGACCCUGCAACCGCGCCUCCAGGGUACAGCUGCGAGGACUAUCCGAUCAUUACAGUUGGACGGCAGAUUAAAAUCGGCGGCAAACAGCAAUUCUUCUUUAACAACGCUGUCUCCAUGCAGAGCAAGGUGAAACGUUUCUUUGAAAGCACCAGUCUCAAUGUGGAUAACCCACACUUUAUGGUGUUGCAAGGAACAGUGCACAAGCUCAUCGACAUGCGCUCACAAGUAUUGCUUUCAUUGAUUGAGGAGGCUGUCGGUACAAAGGCGUUUGAUCACCGCCGCCGCGUCGCUGAGACACUCAUACGGAAUAAAGAAAAGAAGAUGUUGGAAAUUGACCAGAACAUGGAGACGCAGAUUGGACCCAUGUUGGAGGCCAUGAGGGCAGACCAAGAGGAAUAUAACCGCUUCCUCAAGGCCAGCGAAAAUUUGAACACGAAAAGGCGUUUUCAAGUUGCGUUUGAGUUCUGCGAGCGUAGUAGACUACUGCAGGAGAAGCAGGAAUCGAUGGAUCGCCGGAAAGAGGCUUCCGCCCACGCGAAGGAACAGCUCGAAGCAAUCCCCCAGCAGGAAGACGAGCUGACACGCCAACUGAUGCGUCUGCAGGAAAGCAUUCUCUCCCCAUCUGACGCCAUGGUUACGCUACACGAAAAGGAAGGCGAACUGAAAAAAAUCUCUAGUCGCUACCAGAGCCAGAUCGAUUCAUGCACCAAGAUGCUCAAGCAACUGGAGGGCCAACUAAAGGGACUGCGCCAGGAAAAGGAAAAACAGGCGAGGGCACAAGAAGAAUUUCUGAACCGUCGUAAGCAACACGAAACACUUCUUCAAAGCAUUGCACAGGAACGUAGUAGGGUGGAGAAGCUGCGUGUAGCGCUGCAGCUUGUCCAGUCUGGUGUUCGUGCUGGAACUUCUGGGCUUUCCCUUGCAGAGGAACUCAGCCAAGUCGAAAAUCAGAUUGUCCGUCUGGAUUCCAGAAUUCAACGAAGCAAGGAAAGUAUUGCGCAACUGACCUCUCAACUCCAAAACGCACAACAACGCCACUCUCAGCAGUCUGGACAGCUCCUGCACCUAAAAAACGAGCUAGGGCGGGCGCAGGCGAAGCUUGAUGCGACCUCAAAGCUUUAUGCUCCUCUAGCCCUGAAGGAAAGGCGUCUUGUCACGCUUGAGGACGCUAUUAGUAAGGCAAAGAUUGAGUUUCAGGAAGCCUACGACUCGUUUCAGCGCGAAGCUGCUACAUCCCGUAGCUUCGAAUUAGAGUUUGACCGUCGUGGGUGCCCAAAGGAUGUGGAGGAUAAAAUUUUAGGUCGCGUGGGCGAACUGAUUUACCCUAAAAAGGAAGCCCACAAGUUAGCGCUGAUGGUUGGUGCUCAGACCCAACUUCUUCGAGUCGUCGUCGAGGAUGACACGGUGGCUGAGUAUGUCAUCAAGCACGACCUACGUCAGAGAACUUCUUUCUUAGCCUUGAACCAACUACAAAAAAACCCCGGAAUCGAUCCAGCGCGCUUGGAAGCGGCGCGAAGGAUCACCGCAAGCAUGAACGGCUUUGUGUGUCUCGCAUCAGAGCUAGUAGAAUGCGUUGAUCCUGAUCGCAUGGCGGGUCUCGCGGAAAGCACAUUUGGGAACUUUCUUGUCUGCUCUAGUUUAAGUCUUGCUCAAGAGCUUGCUUACAACACGUCCGUUAAGUUCAAAGCAGUGUCACUGGAUGGUGAGGUGGCUGAACCCAACGGUCUCAUUACAGGUGGGUCUAUCAACCACUUGCGUGAUGUGUUUACCGAGCUCAAAACGUACAGGGAACGUAAGGCGCCUCUGCAAGCCAUGCGCAGGCAGUUAUGCGAGAUGGAGCAGGAAUAUUAUGCAGUACGAAGUGAGCUAGAACGGCAGAAAAACGUCCUGACAGAUCAUCGAAACGCAGAGGAAGCGGUUGAGGUGGUCAGGCAACGACUUUGUCUCGUCCAAGACAGCUCUAAAGGCAGUAUUGACGAAGUGGAGGCUCAGCUAACCUCUGAGCGGAAGGCUCUGUUGUCGGCCGAGAACGAGCGUUGUGAGUUGGUGGAACGCAAGCGGCAGAUCGAGGCGGAGGCUGCUAUCGACCCAGAUCACUCGCGUAAGGAACUGCAGAGCCAAAUGGGCGCCGCGGAGCGCACCCUGGCGAAGCUUUGCAAACAAGAAGAAGAGAAUGCAAGCGCGUUUGAACGGCUGGAAGCAGAUAUUGAACAACAGGCCAUGGAUCUUGCCACCAAAACACGCGAAGUUGAAGAAGAGUUGGCUCAACAACAGCGUGAUCGUGUCGUCUUACAAACACAGUUUAAACAAACGGAGGGGGAACUGGACAUGGUGCAGAAGCAGUGUAAACAGUGCGAAGCCCAGCAUAUGCAAGUAGAGAAGGAAAUUGAGGAGACACAAGCAGCAAUCACAGGGCUCACCGAGCGACGACAUUCGCUUGAAAACACCGUGAAAAACACUGAAAUCGAGUUAAGGGAGCUUAAUAAGACGAUUGAGGAGCUACAUCGAUGGGUGCGAGAACAGGAGAGACGCCAUGACUGGCUCGCGCAAGAGCGCCACCUGUUUGGCGACCCGAGCGGCCCUUUUUACUUCAACGACGCCGCGCGUACGCAGACGACACUCCAAGAGCUGCGUGAGGCAGAAGCUCAGACCGCGGUAAUGUCGCGUCGUAUGAACAAGAAGGCGACGAUUCUGUAUGAAGAGCGGAAAAAGGAGUACGACGAGCUUGCCAAGCAACGUGUUGCGCUCGGCGAAGACAAGGAGGCGAUCCAGCAGUGCAUCCGCGGGAUUGAGGUUAGAAAAUGGCAAGCCCUCGACCGCAUGGUGGGGGUCGUGAGCAGUAUAUUCGGAAAACUAUUUUCAACCUGCCUGCCUGGUGCAGCCGCUGAGCUGGUAGAAGAGCGAGACGAGCAUCAGCACCUCAGCGGACUAGCGGUUCGGGUGCUUUUCAACGGAAAAGUAAAGGCCUCCCUGUCUGAGCUCAGCGGCGGGCAGCGCUCCCUUCUGGCUUUGUGUUUGAUCUUGGCUAUUCUGCGUGUCCGUCCAGCACCGAUUUACAUCCUAGACGAGGUCGACGCUGCUCUGGACCCGAGUCAUACCCAGAAUAUUGGACGCAUGCUCCAGCUUUACUUUCCUACUUCACAGUUUUUAUUGGUAUCGUUGAAGGAUGGCAUGUUUAACAACGCAAACGUUCUCUAUCAUGUGCGCAACACUCAAGGCUACUCUGAAAUCACCCGUGUGGAAAAUCGGACGAAUAACGUCAUUGAUGGUACAGAUCGCGCAGAUAACCAAAGCCACAUGGCUGAGAUACUCUGA